AUGAAAGAUCAAAAGAAAAUUUUAAAAAGAAAGACGAGUAACAAACAAGUUGAUAAUAAUGCUAAAGAAGAAGAGGAGAACUCAGCGAAAUAUGUAUCCGAGGCAGAAUCGGAUUCAGGCACCGAAGAUUUAUUAUCCAUAGAGGUGAACAACAAUGAUGAGAGCAGUGAUGAAGAAAUAAAUGAAAAUGAGGAUAUUCCUGAUUCAGACACAGAAAAGGACCCAAUAGUCUUCCAAUCUGAUGAUGAAGAUGAAGAAUUAAGCUUUGAAACAGAUUCAGAUGAUCUUGGUUUAGAUGAAGAUUACUCUGAAGAUGAGAGAACUUCUCUAAAUGCAAGUGAUGAAAGUGCAGGUGAAAGCACUGAAGAUGAAAAUGAAGAUUCUGAAAGUGCUUCAACAUCUAAGGAUAAUAAAACAAAGAAAAAUGAAUCAUCUUUAUCUAACAUUAACGAUAAAGAUGUAUCUAGAACUAGUAGGCAGAACAAAUCAGUUCCAAAGAAAUCGAAUAACUCAGAUCAAGUAAGUGUUUUUAAAACUGCGCAGAGAAGUAAAAUAGAAGGGAAGAAAAGUUCAAAGAAAAAUGUAGAGAAAGCGAAAGAAACUGAAAUAAAGAAGAGUACUACCUCAAGUAAUGAAAAGGAAGAUAAGCCAGUAGGAAGUCAACAGGUUGAUGAAUAUGAGUAUGACAGUUCUGAUGAAGAAGAUAUUCGUAACACAGUUGGAAACAUACCGAUGAAGUGGUACGAUGAUUACGAUCACAUCGGUUAUAAUUGGGAGGGUAAGAAAAUUAUAAAACCACAAACAGGUGAUCAGUUAGACAAUUUCUUGAAGAGGAUGGAAGAUCCUGAUUUCUGGAGAACAAUUAAAGAUCCUCAGACCCAGCAGAAUGUCGUGUUGAGUGAAGCCGAUAUAGAAUUAAUUACAAGAAUUCAUAAACAAAAGAUCCCCGAUGUGACCUUUGAUGAAUACGCUCCUUGGGUGGACUGGUUCACUUCAGAAGUAAUGAAGACUCCAUUACGCAAAUUUCCUGAACACAAGCGCUCAUUUCUACCAUCGAAAUCAGAAGCAAAGAAAGUAUCAAAGUUGGUUCACGCACUUAAAAUGGGGUGGAUGAAAUCAACCGCUGAACUAGAAAAAGAGAAACAGGAGAAGAGGAGCCAACCGCAAUUCUACAUGUUGUGGCAAUCGGAUGAUCAAGCGGAAGAGAUGCGUAGAAUACACAAGCAUAUAGCAGCGCCGAAAAGGCAUUUGCCUGGACACGCCGAGAGUUAUAAUCCUCCACCGGAGUAUCUGUUUGACAAGAGGGAGUUGAAGGAAUGGAACAAAUUGCAAGUAACGCCGUGGAAAAGGAAAUUGCACUUCAUACCGCAAAAAUACAAUUCGCUUCGCGAGGUCCCUGCCUAUCCUAAGUACAUCAAAGAGAGAUUUCAGAGAUGUCUGGAUCUGUAUUUGUGUCCUAGAGCAUUGAAAAUGAGAUUGACGAUAGAGCCUGAAGCCUUAGUUCCUCAUCUACCCAGCCCAAAAGAUCUCCAACCCUUCCCGACAACGAUAUCUAUGAUAUUUAAAGGUCACACGGAUAUGGUGAGAAGCAUUAGCGCAGAACCGAUUGGACAGUAUAUCGCUUCCGGUGGUGAUGAUAUGGACUUGAAGAUAUGGGAAGUGGCGACUGGUAGAUGCGUGAAGACAAUAUCGUGCGGCGGGGUAAUUAGAUCUGUUGCAUGGUGUCCAAAUCAAUCUUUAUCGCUUAUAGCGGUAGCUGCAGAUAAGAAAGUCUUUUUGAUAAAUCCUGGAGUUGGAGAUCAUUUGAUUACCAACAAAACAGAUCAGUUACUCGAAAUAAUACCGCAAAGCGACGUUUUAGUAAGCGAAAGAGUGAAAACUGCAGUUCAGUGGGAGCAAGCUGAGGGCGAGAAUCGGUCGAACGGUAUUAGGGUAAUUUUAAAUCAUUUCAAAACAGUAAAACAAGUAACGUGGCACGGGAAGGGCGACUACUUUGCCACUGUGAUGCCUGAUGGGCAAAAUAGAUCCGUCUUGAUAAAUCAAUUAUCGAAACGAAGAUCUCAAUUACCGUUCACUAGAUCGAAAGGUUUAAUACAGUGCGUCCUGUUUCAUCCAAUUAGGCCAUAUUUAUUCGUAGCCACUCAACGACACGUGAGGAUAUACGACUUGGUGAAGCAAGAAAUGGUGAAAAAAUUGUUAUCAAAUUCCCAAUGGAUUUCAACGAUGGCUAUACAUCCUGGCGGUGACAAUGUUUUGGUGGGCACCUACGAUCGCAAGAUGCUUUGGUUCGAUCUUGACUUGAGCACGAAACCUUAUCAGACGUUGCGUUUGCAUGGCACGGGUGUCCGCGGCGUUGCGUUCCAUAAACGGUAUCCUCUGUUCGCAUCCGGGGCUGACGACAGGGGCCUCAUCGUUUCUCAUGGAAUGGUGUACAACGACUUGUUGCAAAAUCCAUUAAUCGUACCACUCAAGAGAUUGUGCGAUCACGAGUCUUACAACGACUUUGGCAUAUUGGAUGUGAUGUUUCAUCCCAUUCAACCCUGGGUAUUCUCUGCGGGCGCUGAUUCGACGAUACGAAUGUACACUUGAACCGUACGCGCAUUUAUUGGUACAAUUAACAAGUAUCUCUUAAUGCGUUUCUUAACGCAACAAUUUUUUUUUUAUCGUGUGUAAAUCAUUGUACAAAGUUUUAGUGGACAAUUUUUUACGCGACUAUCGUGAAAGUUGAAAUAAAGAUAUUUUGCGUAAUGUAACUCUUUGCGGAUGUUUACAAAUACUAAACGUAUAGGAACUUUUACAUCGCAAGCAAUCAUGCGAUAAUCACGAUAAGAAAAUUAUAAAUAUUUCAUGGAAAGAUAAUAAAAAAUGUUAUCUAUUUUCACAAAA